CCGCGGAACUGCCGCCGUUGCGUUCGCGUGCGACGAACACACAAACGCGAAACGGAGGGUAGCUAGCAAAGCUAACCAUGGUGAACGUAAAGAAACGGAAACGGGUCGUCAUUGAUUCCGACUCGGAAGACAGUGCGAGCGAUGACAAUUUGGAUCAGGAGCUGCUGACUCUGGCCAAGAGAAAGCGAGUGGACUCUGAAGAGCAGGAGGAGCCUGUCAGCAAACCUGCAGCAUCUACAGACUCUGAGACGUCCGACAGUGAUGAUGAGUGGACUGUAGGGGGUACCAAAGCCAAGAAGAAGGUGAAGCCAGGGAAGGUGGUGGAGAAAAAGAACAUCGCAAAGAAGAAGGUGAACAAGGCGGCAUCCUCAGGCAGCUCGGAUGGAGACAGCUCAGCAGAGAGCUCUGCUCCAGAGGAGGGCGAGGUGUCGGACUCGGAGAGCAACAGCUCCUCCUCCAGCUCGGAUUCGGACUCGUCCUCGGAGGACGAGGUGUUCCGGGACGGCUAUGGCGAUGACCUUAUGGGAGAUGAGGAGGACCGGGCGCGCUUGGAGCAGAUGACCGAGAAGGAGAGAGAGCAGGAGCUCUUCAACCGGAUUGAGAAGAGAGAGGUGCUCAAACGGAGGUUCGAAAUCAAGCAGAAACUGAAGACUGCAAAGAAGAAAGAGAAGGAAGAGAAGAAGAAGAAACAAGAGGAAGAACAGGAAAAGAGGAAGCAGUCUCAAGUGCCCGACACGCAAGUGGUGAUGUCCCAUAAUAAAGAGCGGCGGUCAAAGAGAGACGAGAAGCUGGAUAAGAAAUCCCAGGCCAUGGAGGAACUGAAAGCAGAGCGUGAGAAGAAGAAGAACAGGACAGCUGAGCUCCUGGCCAAACGGCAACCGCUGAAGACCAGCGAGGUAUACUCUGACGACGAAGAGGAGGAAGAGGAAGAUGACGACAAGUCAUCGGUGAAGAGUGACCGUAGCUCAAGAUCUUCAUCCUACGAUGAAGAAGAGGAUAGGAAGGACGUGACACCCCCCCGCUCCCAGCCCGUCUCUCUGCCAGAGGAACUCAACCGCAUCCGGCUGUCGCGGCACAAGUUGGAGCGUUGGUGCCACAUGCCCUUCUUCGCCAAAACCGUCACGGGUUGCUUUGUCCGGAUCGGCAUUGGCAAUAGCAGCAGCAAACCUGUCUACCGGGUGGCAGAAAUAGUGGAUGUGGUUGAAACGGCGAAGGUCUACCAGCUGGGCUCCACCAGGACCAACAAAGGGCUGCAGCUACGGCAUGGAGGUGACACCCGAGUGUUCCGACUGGAGUUCGUGUCCAAUCAGGAGUUCACCGAAAAUGAGUUCAUGAAAUGGAAAGAUGCGAUGAUUGCAGGUGGGAUGCAGAUUCCUACUCUGGAUGAGAUAACUAAAAAGGAGCAGUCCAUCAAAGAGGCCGUCAACUACAAGUUCAAUGACAAAGACAUAGAGGAUAUUGUGAAGGAGAAAGACAGAUUCCGGAAGGCACCACCAAACUAUGCUAUGAAGAAAACACAGCUCCUCAAAGAAAAGGCCAUGGCUGAGGAAAGUGGAGACGGUGAGCGGGCGAAAAUGUUGCAGGAUCAGUUAAACGAGCUGGAGGAGAGAGCAGAAGCUCUGGACAGACAGAGAACCAAAAACAUCUCUGCCAUCAGUUACAUCAACCAGAGGAACCGCAGCUGGAACAUAGUGGAGUCAGAGAAAGCUUUGGUGGCUGAAGGUCAGAACUCUAAAAAUCAGCAGAUGGACCCUUUCACCAGACGACAGUGCAAACCCACCAUGGUGUCCAAUGCAAGAGACCCCUCUGUCCACGCCGCUAUCCUUGCCCACCUCAAUCAGAAAUAUGGCUCGGGCUCGGGUGCAGACAACGCACAGCAGGCCAGCAAACAGCAGGGCCCGGCCAACCAGAAGGAUAAAGACCUCACCAAGACGACCAGCGACCUCUCGGAGGACCUGUUUAAAGUUCACGAUUUUGACGUCAAAAUCGACCUGCAGGUUCCCAGUGCCGAAGCCAAGUCUCUGUCAGUGAGCUCCAGCGCACUACCGGUGAAGGAUGGAGCUCCCCGCCGAUCCCUCAAUCUGGAAGAUUACAAGAAGAGACGAGGCCUCAUCUGAUCUCUGCUCCGCCCUGGCUAAUGUCUCUCCUCCAUCGAGUCCUGCAUGUGUUAGAAACCUGCACCAGGGAACUAAAGCCUGUGUGAAUGAGAGAGAGAGGGAGAGAGAGAGAGGGCAUGUGUAGGUGUAAGCUUGUAUACAUGUAUACAUUUUGUGAGGAA